AAAUAGUGUAAAAUGUAUGCCACUCUCAGUGGAGACCAACACAUCAUAAAUUAGUAAGGCUUAUUUUUAUAGUAUAAUGGAUUUGUUAUUAAAAGAGAAGACACCGUCAACUUUUGAAAAUGCCGUCACUGUAACCGGAUUUGGAAAAUUCAACAUUCUACUACUUUUGGUAAUUAUACCAGCAAAUUUUGCAUCUGUGUUCGAAACCACUACAAUGUCCUUCAUCUUUUCACCAGCCCAGUGUGACUUGGAUUUGUCGCUAGAAGACAAAGGAUUUCUGAAUUCAAUCACGUUUAUAGGAAUGAUAUCAGGUGGAUUAAUAUGGGGAUUCCUUUUCGAUACCUUAGGAAGAAAGAAACUUUUAGUUUGCGGAUAUCUGUUGGAUGGCACUUUCGUAUUUCUCAGCGCAUUUUCUCAAUCAAUUACUCCGCUGAUUAUCUGCAAAUUUCUUGGAGGAUUCAUAAUUAAUGGGCCAUUUGCUGCUAUGAGCGCGUAUUUAUCAGAAUUUCAUUGUGCCAAGUAUAGAUCAAGAAUACAGCUUACAAUUGGUACUGUAAAUACCAUAGGAACGAUAAUAUUGCCUCUUCUGUCUUGGGCGAUAUUACCACGUGCUUGGGAAUUUUCUUUGUUUGGAGGAGUGUAUCAUUCGUGGAACGUCUACCUUCUCUUAUGCAGUAUUCCUGCGUUUUAUAGUGGUAUUGUUUUCUUAUUCCUUCCUGAGAGCCCCAAGUUUUUGAUGACAACUGGUAAAAAUGAAAAGGCUUUGAAAAUCUUUAGAAAAGUCUAUAGAAUCAAUUCUGGUGAACCAGAAGAGAGUUUUCCCAUAACAGAAUUAGUCGAUGAAACAGCUAUUCCAACUGAUAGCAAACACGGGGGGAAAGUGACAGCAAACAGAACAAAAAUUCAGGCCUUAAAAGAAGGUUGGCAACAGAUAAAUCCAUUAUUCCAUUCACCAUAUUCAAUUAAAAUGGUGUUGGUUUGUCUUAUACAGAUAUGUAAUCUUCAAAGUGUCAGUAUGCUGCGAUUGUGGCUGCCAGAAAUGUUUCAAGCUAUUGAGGACUACAAGUUGCAUCACAAUGGUAGCACUGAUAGCUUAUGUACAAUGUUGCAACAAUUAAAACCAAACAAAGCCGUUACUGGUUGUACUAUCAAUAUGGAUAAUGCUCCAGUCUACAUUAAUUCCAUUAUUGUGUCAUCUGUAUCUUUAGGAGGAUAUUUGGUAACAGGAUCUAUAAUCAACUUGAUAGGAAAGAAGAAAAUUUUAGUUAUCCUUGGCUUCCUAUCUAGUAUUUCAAGUUGCAGCUUGUAUAUAUCACAGAAUAACGCAACAACCAUAGCUCUUUCGUCAGUUUUUACUGGUAUGAUGAGCAUCUGUAUCAAUGUUAUUUUGUCUGUCGUCGUAGCAAUUUUCCCUACAACACUAAGAACAUUAACGCUAUCUAUAGCUAUGAUGAUCGGAAGAAUAGGCGCUGUUUCUGGAAGCAUGUUGUUCCCAGUACUUCUCCAAAUAGGAUGUUUUCCCACGUUCUUCUACAUAGGAGGAACGGUAUUAUGUAGUACACUGUUAUGUUUUUUAUUGCCUUAUACAGAAAAUAAGGAACUGAGAUAAGUCUAAUCAUCUUUUCAUUCCAUUUUAUACAUCUAUUUAUAUCAUAUGUUACUUGUUAUGCAUAUUAUUUUAGGAAAUAUGUAAAUAAAUGUUUUUUCAUAUA